CACGAGAUUUGUUCCGAUUCGUACCGAACCUGCAAACUUUGGCAUCAUUGCCCAGCAUUUUCUCAGGGCCAAAAGGGCACCCUGUCACGCUUCAAGCAUGCUGCAUAGUACAGAAUAUGCCCAGGGUUGACAACAGUAACCCCCAACGUCUCGCAACUUCUCCCCACGAACGUAUUCAUGGCUAUGAGUCUUCUAGAAGUUGGGGGCUGGGAAUGGCAUCAAGUUUGGCCCCGCGAGAAGAGGAGGAGGGGGGACGUGAAGAUUCGAGCCUGCUUCCCUCCAAAUGCCGUCAUCUGGCCACCGCCCCCUUGUGCAGUUCGCAGGCAUCACUCGGUCUAGCUGCAAGCUGCAGGCUUUCUGCAGCUUCACUGGUGUUGCCAUGUCACACACCUCCGUCGCAGCCAGCCCCGCUCCGCCCCGCGGCAGGCCAUCAUUGGAGGGCUGUUCUCAACCUGUCCAGCAUUGCCGUCUUGGAUGCAGGCCAACGAACUCAGAUUGUCGUUCGGCGGCAGGGCAGCGUCGAUGAAGGGAAGAUAAAGAGGGGCCAAGAACAAACAGCUGGCACUCAUUGGACAAAUUCUCACCGUUGUCUGUCCGAAUUCUCAUUCGCCCGAGGAGCUUACUCCGAGAGCAGAACCACAGCGUGGAGCUUUUCUUCAAGCCAGGACGGAAUUCUACGAUAUCCGUACACAUGAUCGGAUUCCUUGCAACACGUUCGCUGUCUUGCAGUGGAAUGUGGACCGUGGACGUCCUCCAUCCAGCCAUAGACCUGCGCGCACCUUGCAAAUUGUUACACCUGUUAGGCUGUCGUUGUCCAGUUCG